AUGGCAGACCUGAAGAAACUUUAUACAGACCCAUCCAGGUUUAUCUGCAUUUAUCCAGCUUACAUCAAUAACAAGAAGACAAUUGCAGAGGGAAGGAGGAUACCAAUUGAAAGGGCUGUGCAGAAUCCAACAUGUACUGAAAUUGCAGAUGUAUGUCGUGCAAACAAGCUAAAUGCCAUUGUAGAGGCAGACAAGAUGUACACACGUGAGUGGAACCGGGAUGUACAGUACAGGGGUAGAGUGCGCGUACAGCUAAAAAAUGAAGACGGCACACCAUGUGUGGAGAAACUUCAGUCAAGGAGAGCUGUAAUGUUUCGUGUGGCAGAGGAGAUCCCUAAGCUGAAAACUCGGACACAAAAAACAGGAGGAGGAGAUCAGGCAGUUCAGCAAGGAGAAGGUGGUAAGAAGAGCAAGAAAAAGAAGAAGUGA